UGUCAUCACCAUGGCCAUGACGUCAUCAGCGAUAAACAACAACACCCCAGAAAUUGCGGAAUGGAGGGGUGUUAGGCCGAAGAAAGAGGCCUAGGCAUGGAAAAUCAGGGAAACACGACCACCUGCUCGACUGUUAUGGAUGGAGGAAGGGGCUCGGAACAGCACCGACGGGUGUCGUCUGUGUGGAAGUCCUAUUUAUACCAGUUACAACAAGAGGCACCCAAACCUGCUGCCGUACUUUGCACUGACCGGCCCCCAGAUUCUCCGCCAUACUACGGGUUGGAGUAUCAUGGAACAAUUAGCAGACACCAUUGUGAGGCCCUGCUCACAGAGAAUGGAACUUACAUAGUGAGACACAGUGAAAGAGCAGAGGGAUUUUAUACGCUUAGCAUGAGAUUCAAUGAUGUGAUCAAGCACUUCCGCUUGUACUAUGAUGGUAAGCACUAUGUGGGCGAGAAGCGAUUUGACACAGUGCAUGACCUGGUUGCUGAUGGACUGGUCACCCUGUACAUGGAGUCACAGGCGGGGGAAUACCUGAAGAAGAUGUCAGCCACCUCCUACCUCAAUUCCCCACACUACACCCUCACCAAGUCUCUCAGAAGGCACAUUCGCACAAACAGAUAUGCUGUAGUUGACACUGAGAACCAGCAACCAAUUAGCCGUAAAGAUACAACCAUCUUCUCAAAACCGGAGGACCAAGACAAAGACAACAGCAGCACACAGGACAUCACCACACAGCGCCCUCAUCGCUUCAAUGUCCACACCUUUACAGGGCUGCACUGGUGUGGCCUCUGUGGGCACUUCCUCUGGGGUUUUGUGUCGCAAGGUGUCAAAUGCCAAGACUGCAAUUUCAAAGCGCAUAAACAGUGCAGUUCCAGAGUCCCCAAUGACUGCUGCCCUGAUCUCAAAGACCUACAAACUAAUUUGCCACUUAUUCACCUUUUAUCUUCUUCAUCAUCUGAUUUCUUCCUUCAACUUCAAUGCACAACUUAUUCAGGCAUAUUUGGAGCCGACCUGACCACUAGUCUGCGAGGAUCUACCGAGAGCGUCCCAAGUGUAGUAACAGAGUGUGUUUCGGAAGUGGAAGCACGUGGACUAACAAUGGAGGGCAUUUACAGGGUUCCAGGCUCACAGGACCAGAUUGAAGCACUGAGGCUGGCAUUUGAGAGAGAUGGAAAUCGUGUGAACCUGACUGAGAAGGCAGUGCCUGACAUCAACGUGGUUGCUGGAGUGCUGAAGCUAUACUUACGUCUCCUGCCCAUUCCCCUUAUUACAAGCCAAUGCUUCCUUAGGCUGCAAGCUGUAUGCAAGCUGAGUACCCGGGAGGCUAAAGUGUCCGGCAUCCGAGAAGCUUUACAAACUCUACCAGUGGCACACCUGUCCACUCUCAAGGUCAUCAUCAUGCAUCUUGCCAGAGUUUGUGAUCACAGUGCUGUCAAUAAGAUGACAGCAACCAGUCUGAGCACAGUGUUUGCCCCAACCUUGGUUCAGUCAGCUGCCCUGGGGGAAAACAUACAGCCAGCAGAUUUGUUAGCAAUGGCUAACUCGGCUCAAGAACCAAGAGUUGUUGAGGUUCUUGUGGUCUACCACCGUGAUGUCUUUCUAUAGUUCCUGUGUGUAGGUGGAUGGUAAAAGUAUUAACUUUUUCACAAUGAUAUUUCCUGAGAACUGAUUAUAAAAAUACUUAUUUCAGUGAUCGUCGUAAGGUAGAUUGCAGUGGGUUUUUUUCUUAUAUUAUAUAAGUAUGAGUAGUCAAUUACUGUGAUUUCUUCAUAAGCCUUUGUACUUUAUGAUGACUUGAUAACACUGACCAGUAACAUGACACCUAUGAUACACUGACUCACUAACCAUCAUCUGAUAUCAUGAUAGCUUUAGUAGGUUAUUGGCGUGCUGCAGUCAUAACAGAGUUUGCCAACUGAGCCUGCGUACCAGAGUAUUGGUGCCUUUUAUGUGGAAUCAAAAAAAGAUCUGUAUGACACAAGUCCAUUGUGCUGACUUAGAAAGAGAAGGAAAUGAUUUCUGCCUUUCUUCAUAUUUCAGGUAUAAGUGUUCUUUACUGUGAUGAGUUUUAAUCACAGGUGAUCAAAUAUGUAGAACAAGUGUCUUUUCUCAUUAAGCACCUUGAUUUUUUGCUUACUGAUAUGAUAUUACAUUAAUCCAUGUGAGAUGUAGAGUGAUAGGUGCUGAUUUAAUAGUAGACUGUAAGGCAGUCUAAUAUUGCUUAUAUUUUAGUGGUUUGAUAGCUUAUGUAGGGCCUCUAUAUCUAUAUACUGAUUAGUGUGUUAUAGCAUUUAAUGUCAGUUAUUUUAUGCAUUUUAACAUUAUUUUACAGUUUAUGAAGUGUGUUGUAUGCACUUAAACAAAGUUUUAUAGCAGAUUUUUUCAGGGAAAAUUAUAAAAAAAAAGGAUUGACCUUUAUGUAUUGACAAUCAUAUUUCUAAUUCCUUUUUAGACAGCUGUUAAUCUGUACUACGUUUCUUCUCAAAUUUUAUUAUUAAUUCAGAUAUUUGUCUUCAUUGGUGAGCUUUGUGCUUUUAUGGUUUUCACAAACUUUGUAAACAUUUGCCUGCUUUUGCUUCUCUCUCUUAGUUCAUCCUCCUCCUCCUCCUCCUCUUGUUCCUCUUCUUCUUCCUCUUCCUCCUCGUCCUGUCUCCCUCCUCUCUCCUCCUCCUCUCCUCCUCCUCUCUCCUACCACCUCUUUCUCUCCUCUUUUUAGUCAUUCUCUUCCUUUUUUAUCAUUAUGUAUAUGAGCAGUUCAACAAGCCACUACAGAAAAAACUAAGCUGGUAAAGCUAGUUAAUGACAGAGAAGGAAAGAAAAGAACAAAUAUUAUAGUCUGGUUCUUUAGAUCUUUAUAGUGAUUUCACCUUUCCAGCUUCUGAAUUAGAAUGUAGCCUUAGAAUUAAGAUCGUGCAUCCCAGUUUGAGUCUAACACCUCUCAUUCCGUCCAUUGCAGAAGAAAAGAAAAAGGAAAGACAUUUUAUUGCUGACAUUUGUAAGCAGGGUUGGGGUAUUAACCUGUUGACACUGGGAGAGCAUGUAUACAUAUACUGUCCAGUGUGGUUUUGUUUUAUGGAUAUUGUUUAUAUGUAGAUGGCAUUGUCACCAAGAAGUCAGUCGCAAAUUAAUGCACAAAUGUAUAGACAUAUAAAUAUAUAUGAAUUUAUGCAUCAGUAUGUACACAUACGCACUGACAUACACAUGCACACGCACAAAGAAAACGUAAACAUACAAUGUAUAUAUUUGGAAUGUCAGAUGGUGGUGUAAGUUGAAAAGGAUAUUUUGAUGGUAUUGUCUAAUUGAAUUUUAUUAAAUUUUGGAAAAUUUCCUAUAAUUGCUAUUUAUCUGUUUAGCUUUAGUGUGUAUUGUGAAGAGUGAGUGAGUGAGUGAGUGAGUGAGUGAGUGAGUGAGUGAGUGAGUGAGUGAGUGAGUGAGUGAGUGAGUGAGUGAGUGAGUGAGUGAGUGAG